CAUGAUAGACAGAGAUAAUACAUUACGCAUAACUACAAAUAUCUGGACCGCUGUACCAUCGAAACGUCAGGCUGACGUCAAAUAAAUUUGUUGGUUAUUUUUGUCAUUUGUGUAUUAGUGAAAUAAUUUAAACAAGCAAGUUUAUAAUGACUGCAACAAUAGAUCAGAAAGCGUACUUACAAAAAUAUCUCAGCGGCCCAUCGGGUGAUAAAAAGAAAAAGAAAAAAAAGCCUGUGAAAGGCAAAGGGUUUAAAAUUAUAGAUGAUGACAUAGAUCUAUCCAAGCUAAGGCCAUUAGAAGGAGAUGAGUUGGACAUACUGGAUGGAGGUGAGGAUGCUCCGCAGAUCGCUGGGAUCAUAGACGAUAGGCCUGAAGAGCUGCGGAAGAUAGAGGAGUUCGGUUCCAGCUCAAAAUGGAGAGUUAUUAGUCAGGAUGAUGGUUUCAACAGUAAGUUACAAGUCCAAGAAAUAAAGAAGGAUGUAAAAGAGACUAAAAAAGGUCCACCUAGAAGAAAAGAGAAGGAAGAUUCUUCAAAAAGCAAAAGAAAAGACAAGAAUUAUGACUCUGAUCCUUCCCCUCCAAGAACUAAGAGUAAGCCGAAAGAAAAAGUAAGGAAGCCAAGUCGUUGGGGUGAUGCAGAUAGAUCACCGGAAACUUCUAAAUCUUCAAAAAGAAGAUCCCCAAGUUCAGACCAGUCCCCACCAAGAAAGUCACAAAAAUCAAGAUACAAUUCUGAUGUUACAACUUCUAAUAAAUCAAAGAAAUAUGAUUCUGAUACUUCACCUUCGAGAAAAUCGCGAAAAGAUUAUGAUUCUGAUGUGUCGCCACCUAGGAAAUCACAGAAAAAAUAUGAUUCUGACGCAUCGCCUCCGAGAAAAUCGCAGAAAAAAUAUGAUUCUGAUGUGUCACCUCCAAGGAAAUCACAGAAAAAAUAUGAUUCUGACGUGUCACCACCUAGGAAAUCGCGAAAAAAACAAGAUUACACUUCUUCAUCUAGAUUUGAUUCUAAAAAGAACAGAUCUCCAGAUACUGCGCGAAGGAAACAUUCACCGCAUAGAUCAAAGUACGAUAAAUCAGAAUCAAGGAAGCAAAGGAAAUCAAUAGAUUCAGAUGUAUCUCUGCCGAGAAAUUCACAUUAUCGUCAAGAGUCUCCUUCACAACGGAAGUCCAGAAAGUCGCCUGAAAGGAGGAAAAGGUAUGAUAGUGACUCGGAUGCGUCACCCCCAAGAAGAGAAAAAGGUAGAACAGAAGACGGCAGACACAAAAGAAGUACUGAUAGUCCACCACCAUCUAAUAAGAAAAUGGCAAAAACUUUGGAGGGAAAGAAAGCUGGGCUUCAAGAUGCUAGACAGUUGAGAGAGGAGAAUGAAUCAUUUAGGAAAAGGGAAGAGGAAGUGUAUAAUAAAAUGACUGAUGCAGUGUCCGGUAGGAAUGCACAAGCUGUGUCCCGGAAAGGCAAAAGAGAAACAUCAGAAGAGAGACAGAAACAAAGAGAGAAGGCAGAGAGGCAGAAGGAGUUGGAUGAAAAAUACAAGAAAUGGAGUAAAGGGAUAAAACAAAUAGAAGAGCAAGAAACCCGCCUCCAAGAUUUCAUGCAUGAAGCUGCCAAACCUUUAGCAAGGCACAGGAACGAUCAAGACUUGGAACACAACUUAAAACAGGUGGAACGAGAAGGAGAUCCAAUGCUGCAGUACAUGCGUGAGAAGAAGAGAGAACGAGGAGAGUUACCACCAGAACGGCCCACAUACAAAGGCAACUUCCCACCCAAUCGGUUUAAUCUUCGACCAGGCUACAGAUGGGAUGGAGUGGACCGUUCAAACGGAUAUGAGAAGAAAUAUUUCACGCAACAAAGUAGGAAGAAGGCUCAAGAAGAAGAAGCUUAUAAAUGGAGCACUGAAGAUUUGUGAAUAAUUAUCUGUUGAUAUUGGACGGAUUUUUUUAUCAAACAAAACAUAUCUAAUUAAAUAUAAAAAUGAACAAA